AGAUGAAGAGGAAGUUGGACCAUGGACCAGACAUCAGGCCUUUCCCUUCAGGCAAGAAACACUGCAAAGGUUCCAACUACCUCAGUCCCUCCAGUUUCGUUCCGUUCCAGACCACGCCCACUACCUUUGGGGACCUGCGAGCAGCCAAUGGGCAUUCAGCUCAGCGGAGACGUGUGACUUCGGGCCCUCCUCCCUCCGGCCUACAGGACUGGCUGCACACCUUCCAGGCGUGGAGUGGUCCUGAGCGUCUAUUGGCUCUGGAUGAGUUGAUUGACAGCUGUGAGUCCAAUCAGGUGAAGCACAUGAUGCAGGUUAUUGAGCCUCAGUUCCAACGAGACUUCAUCUCCCUGCUGCCCAAAGAGUUGGCCCUGUAUGUCCUGACCUUCCUGGAGCCCAGGGAUCUGAUGCAGGCUGCUCAGACCUGUUCCUAUUGGAGGAUACUGGCUGAGGACAACAUGCUGUGGAGGGAGAAGGGUAGAGAGGAGGGUAUUGAAGAGCCCCUGGUUGUGAAGAGAAGAAAGACUCUUAAACCUGGUUUCCUCCACUCACCCUGGAAGAGUGCCUACGUACAACAGCACCAUAUAGAGAGCAACUGGAGGACUGGAGAUAUCACCUCGCCUAAGGUGUUAAAAGGUCAUGACGAUCAUGUGAUCACGUGUCUACAGUUCUGCGGUGACCUCAUCGUCAGUGGUUCUGACGACAACACUCUCAAAGUCUGGUCCGCCCUCACCGGCAAGUGUCUGCGUACAUUAGUAGGCCAUACAGGAGGUGUGUGGUCCAGUCAGAUGAGCGGUAACAUUGUGAUCAGUGGGUCGACAGACAGGACUCUGAAGGUUUGGGACGCGGAGAGCGGAGAGUGUAUUCACACCCUGUACGGACACACCUCUACUGUUCGCUGUAUACACCUGCAUGACAAACAGGUUGUGAGCGGUAGCCGCGACGCUACGUUGCGUCUGUGGGACGUAGAUUCUGGCGAGUGUCUCCACGUCCUGACGGGUCAUGUGGCGGCGGUGCGGUGCGUCCAGUAUGACGGGCGCAGGGUGGUCAGCGGAGGAUACGAUUUCAUGGUUAAAGUCUGGGACCCUGAGACGGAGACCUGUCUACACACUCUGCAGGGACACACUAACAGAGUCUAUUCACUACAGUUUGACGGAGCCUACGUGGUCAGUGGAUCUCUGGACACGUCCAUCCGAGUAUGGGACGUAGUGACGGGGGGGUGUGUCCACACCCUGACCGGCCACCAAUCGCUGACCAGCGGUAUGGAACUAAAGAACAACAUCCUGGUCUCUGGUAACGCUGACUCUACUGUCCGGGUCUGGGACAUACGGACGGGCCAGUGUCUCCACACACUGCAAGGUCCCCAUAAGCACCAGUCGGCUGUAACCUGUCUCCAGUUCUCUCGCUCCAUGGUGGUCUCUUCAUCAGAUGACGGGACGGUGAAGCUGUGGAGCCUGGCGACGGGGGAGUGGAUCAGAGACCUGGUGGCUCUGCAGAGUGGAGGAUCAGGGGGAGUGGUGUGGAGGAUCAGAGCGUCCAACACCAGACUGGUAGCAGCAGUUGGCAGCAGGAACGGGACAGAGGAGACUAAACUCAUGGUGCUGGAUUUUGACCUCACUGACAACCACAAGUGAUGUCAUCAAAGAGGCGACGGUGUUUCGUCAGGAGAGGAUGUGAGGUAACCGAAGUGGGACCCAAUAUCCUCAUAGGUGGAUGAAGGAAACCUUGUGAGGACGAUGAGGGAAGGUGGUGGUGAGGAGGUGUCGUUUGACGGAGGACAAUGUAAGAAUCCUCUUACUUUAGUGCCAUUUUUAUCUGGAGAUACCAAUAUACCACAAACCAGGAAACGACUCAGAAAUGUCCCCCAUUUCCUCACCACGUCCCCGCCGAACUAUUUUCUCGCUGACCUAAAACACUGCUGGAAACUGGUAUAAUGGUGAAGUGAUGGUACCACAAGAUCAACUUUGAAUCUUCUGCGACUGGAGGAAUCCACGAGAGGUCUCACUGAGGCCGAACUCAGUGUAGUUACUGUAAAUCCACCCAGACUACUGCUGGAUGUAUAGUUACUGUAAAUCCACCCAGACUGCUGCAGGAUGUAUAGUUACUGUAAAUCCACCCAGACUGCUGCAGGAUGUAUAGUUACUGUAAAUCCACCCAGACUGCUGCAGGAUGUAUAGUUACUGUAAAUCCACCCAGACUGCUGCAGGAUGUAUAGUUACUGUAAAUCCACCCAGACUGCUGCAGGAUGUAUAGUUACUGUAAAUCCACCCAGACUGCUGCAGGAGGUAUAGUUACUGUAAAUCCACCCAGACUACUGCUGGAUGUAUAGUUACUGUAAAUCCACCCAGACUACUGCUGGAUGUAUAGUUACUGUAUAGUUACUGUAAAUCCACCCAGACUACUGCUGGAUGUAUAGUUACUGUAUAGUUACUGUAAAUCCACCCAGACUACUGCUGGAUGUAUAGACUGUGUAGUUACUGUAUCCACCCAGGUUACUGCUGGAUGUAUAGACUGUAUAGUUACUGUAAAUCCACCCAGACUACUGCUGGAUGUAUAGACUAUAUAGUUACUGUACAUCCACCCAGACUACUGCUGGAUGUAUAGUUACUGUAAAUCCACCCAGACUACUGCUGGAUGUAUAGACUGUAUUGUUACUGUAAAUCCACCCAGACUACUGCUGGAUGUAUAGACUGUAUAGUUACUGUACAUCCACCCAGACUACUGCUGGAUGUAUAGACUGUAUUGUUACUGUAAAUCCACCCAGGUUACUGCUGGAUGUAUAGACUGUAUAGUUACUGUAAAUCCACCCAGGCUACUGCUGGAUGUAUAGACUGUAUAGUUACUGUAACUCCACCCAGACUCCUGCUGGAUGUAUAGACUGUAUAGUUACUGUAAAACCACCCAGACUACUGCAGGAUGUAUAGACUGUAUAGUUAUUGUAAAUCCACCCAGACUACUGCAGGAUGUGUAGACUGUAUAGUUACUGUAAAUCCACCCAGACUACUGCUGGAUGUAUAGACUAUAUAGUUACUGUACAUCCACCCAGACUACUGCUGGAUGUAUAGUUACUUUAAAUCCACCCAGACUACUGCUGGAUGUAUAGACUGUAUUGUUACUGUAAAUCCACCCAGACUACUGCUGGAUGUAUAGACUGUAUAGUUACUGUACAUCCACCCAGACUACUGCUGGAUGUAUAGACUGUAUAGUUACUGUAAAUCCACCCAGGUUACUGCUGGAUGUAUGGACUGUAUAGUUACUGUAAAUCCACCCAUGCUACUGCUGGAUGUAUAGACUGUAUAGUUACUGUAAAUCCACCCAGACUACUGCUGGAUGUAUAGACUGUAUUGUUACUGUAACUCCACCCAGACUCCUGCUGGAUGUAUAGACUGUAUAGUUACUGUAAAACCACCCAGACUACUGCAGGAUGUAUAGACUGUAUAGUUAUUGUAAAUCCACCCAGACUACUGCAGGAUGUGUAGACUGUAUAGUUACUGUAAAUCCACCCAGACUACUGCUGGAUGUAUAGACUGUAUUGUUACUGUAAAUCCACCCAGACUACUGCUGGAUGUAUAGACUAUAUAGUUACUGUACAUCCACCCAGACUACUGCUGGAUGUAUAGACUGUAUAGUUACUGUACAUCCACCCAGACUACUGCUGGAUGUAUAGUUACUUUAAAUCCACCCAGACUACUGCUGGAUGUAUAGACUGUAUUGUUACUGUAAAUCCACCCAGACUACUGCUGGAUGUAUAGACUGUAUAGUUACUGUACAUCCACCCAGACUACUGCUGGAUGUAUAGACUGUAUAGUUACUGUAAAACCACCCAGACUACUGCAGGAUGUAUUGUUACUGUAACUCCACCCAGACUGCUGCUGGAUGUAUAGACUGUAUAGUUACUGUAAAACCACCCAGACUACUGCAGGAUGUAUUGUUACUGUAACUCCACCCAGACUGCUGCUGGAUGUAUUGUUACUGUAAAUCCACCUAGACUGCUGCUGGAUGUGUAGACUGUAUAGUUACUGUAAAUCCACCCAGACUACUGCUAGAUGUAUAGUUACUGUAAAUCCACCCAGACUACUACUGGAUGUAUAGACUGUAUAGUUACUGUACAUCCACCCAGACUACUGCUGGAUGUAUAGUUACUGUAUCCACCCAGACUACUGCUGGAUGUAUAGACUGUAUAGUUACUGUAAAUCCACCCAGGCUACUGCAGGAUGUAUAGUUACUGUAACUCCACCCAGACUGCUGCUGGAUGUAUAGACUGUAUAGUUACUGUAACCACCGACUACUGCUGGAUGUAUAGACUGUAUAGUUACUGUAAAUCCACCCAGGCUACUGCAGGAUGUAUAGACUGUUUAGUUACUGUAAAACCACCCAGACUACUGCAGGAUGUAUAGACUGUAUAGUUACUGUAAAUCCACCCAGGCUACUGCAGGAUGUAUAGACUGUAUAGUUACUGUAAAACCACCCAGACUACCCCUAGGAUGUAUAGACUGUAUAGUUACUGUAAAUCCACCCAGACUACUGCAGGAUGUAUAGACUGUAUAGUUACUGUAACCACCCAGACUACUGCAGGAUGUAUAGACUGUAUAUGAGGCCAGAUGAGGCUGAGUACAGAUUCCUGACUGUAUAGUUACUGUAAAUCCACCCAGACUACUGCAGGAUGUAUAGACUGUAUAUGAGGCCAGAUGAGGCUGAGUACAGAUUCCUGACUGUAUAGUUACUGUAAAUCCACCCAGACUACUGCAGGAUGUAUAGACUGUAUAGUUACUGUAACCACCCAGACUACUGCAGGAUGUAUAGACUGUAUAGUUACUGUAAAUCCACCCAGACUACUGCAGGAUGUAUAGACUGUAUAGUUACUGUAAAUCCACCCAGACUACUGCAGGAUGUAUAGACUGUAUAGUUACUGUAACCACCCAGACUACUGCAGGAUGUAUAGACUGUAUAUGAGGCCAGAUGAGGCUGAGUACAGAUUCCUGACUGUAUAGUUACUGUAAAUCCACCCAGACUACUGCAGGAUGUAUAGACUGUAUAUGAGGCCAGAUGAGGCUGAGUACAGAUUCCUGACUGUAUAGUUACUGUAAAUCCACCCAGACUACUGCAGGAUGUAUAGACUGUAUAGUUACUGUAACCACCCAGACUACUGCAGGAUGUAUAGACUGUAUAGUUACUGUAAAUCCACCCAGACUACUGCAGGAUGUAUAGACUGUAUAGUUACUGUAAAUCCACCCAGACUACUGCAGGAUGUAUAGACUGUAUAUGAGGCCAGAUGAGGCUGAGUACAGAUUCCUGACUGUAGAGACAUAAACACUGUUCCCAGAUUUUGUUUGGUCUUCAGCCAACCUCUCUGACUAGCAUGAUGGUUUACAGGUAACUACAGGUCUGGGACCAGUCUACGUGACUGGAGAGACACUGUGCUCUCCUGCAUCCCAAAUGGCACCCUAUUCCCAGUAUAGUGCACUACUUUAGAUCAGACCCCUCUGGGGCCCGUACCCUGACUGCCCCCUCUGGGCCCGUACCUUGACUGCCCCCUCUAGGCCCGUACCCUGACUGCCCCCUCUGGGCCCGUACCCUGACUGCCCCCUCUGGGCCCGUACCCUGACUGCCCCCUCUAGGCCCGUACCCUGACUGCGCCCUCUGGGCCCGUACCCUGACUGCCCCCUCUGGGCCCGUACCCUGACUGCCCCCUCUGGGCCCGUACCCUGACUGCCCCCUCUGGGCCCGUACCCUGACUGCCCCCUCUGGGCCCGUACCCUGACUGCCCCCUCUGGGCCCGUACCCUGACUGCCCCCUCUGGGCCCGUACCCUGACUGCCCCCUCUGGGCCCGUACCCUGACUGCCCCCUCUGGGCCCGUACCCUGACUGCCCCCUCUGGGCCCGUACCCUGACUGCCCCCUCUGGGCCCGUACCUUGACUGCCCCCUCUGGGCCCGUACCCUGACUGCCCCCUCUGGGCCCGUACCCUGACUGCCCCCUCUGGGCCAGUCUUAUUUCUGUUGGAUCCAUAUACAGGACAGUGCCCAGAGUUUCUCCUCAUUGACCAACCGAAAGAAAAACUCCUGGACCCACUGAUUUCUUUACACUGUCUGACUGUCAUCAUCGAACUGAAGAGAUGAGACUUCUUCCGAGUCCCAGAUGGCACCCUAUUCCCUACAUACUACACACUACUUUAUGCUUGGGCCCAUAAAACUCUGGUUAAAAGUAGUGCGCUAUAUAGGGAAUAGGGUGCCGUUUUGGGACUCAGAUAUAUAUAUCGUUUGUGGUAUAAUGUAAAAUAUGAGUGUAGAUAUUAUAAUAUGUAUAUAAUGUUUGUUUUUAUAUGAAAAGAGGAAAUAUUGAGCUGAGAUAUUGUUGAGGAGGGGAGAGAUCGUUGAAUAAAGAUAUGGUGACUUUUCUAAAAUA